AUGCAAAAUUUCAAUAUUUGCUUUAUACUCGUAAUUAUUGUACAAUUUGUAAUUAGCACAAGGGGCCAAGAUAAAUUCUUUGAUCCUAGUCCAGUGUGUGGUUCACUGUUUGAUCUGACCAAAACAUUCUCAAAUCUUUUGGAAUUCAGUGAAGAAUAUGAAAAUAGUGGCAAGGCAUGGAAAUUGCUGCAGUCUGGCCCUUGUCCUCCGACCACCGAAUGUAAUGAAUAUGCACCGAUUUGUGCAGUUAGUCCGAAAUAUGGAUAUCAAACAUUUUUAAAUCAAUGUUCAAUGGAAUCAGAUCGACAACUAAGUGGGAAGGAUUGGUCAAAAGCUUAUCCCGGCGUAUGUUCCGAAUUCCUCACGUAUGACACUGAAACUAUUACGACACCUCCUUAUCAGGCCCAAAUUGAUGCAAUACUGGAUGACACUCAAAAUAUGUUAUCGGUUGCAUCAGCUAAAGUAAUUUUAAAAUAUGUAUCGACUUUAAGGAAAAGUGAAAAGAAUAGGGGAACAGAUACUAAUAAGGAAAACCUCAAUACAAAUAAAGAUAGCUUGACAGAAUCAAAAGAAUCCCAAUCAAGUUCAAAGUCCACUACCAAAUGUGGUCCAACCACAGCACAUCGACUAAAUGAACCUUUAAACCCGUCACUGAACCAGACAAACUCCGCACACGGGUACUCCCCAAAUUUAUCAGCGAGUCAGAGUAAAUCUUCCUUUAAUCCGAAACUUUCAAAUUAUCUUCCUACUACCUCACAAACGGGUCACAUUGCUGAACACUUUUAUGCUACAAAUUUGGAAGAUAUACUCUCCAACAAAGGACAAAUUCCUCUACCCCCAGAAUUCCUGAAGCAAAUUUCCAAGUUAUAUAAAACUAAAUGGCCACGUCGUAGAACUUCAAAGACUAAACGUUAUUCUGCAUUAGAGAAUAAAUCACAAAAUAGACAGACAUCCUACAAGGAGGAACCAGAAACAUGCUCUCUUGAAACAACUUCCCCACAACCUUAUCCGGAAUAUGACACUCCUGAAACUAAUCCUUACAGAGCCCCAGAAUCUGUCCACAAUCCUGAAAAUAUUAACAACGAUGCCGAUACACCAAGGUCACAAAGUGGACACCCAGUGACAGCUAAUUCGACCGAUACAACUACAGAAAACAAUCUUAACAGAACGCCCGAAAAUGUCCAGGGAUCUGUAAAUGUGAGCGACGAUUAUCCAGUACCACAGGAAACUUCACAGGAAUAUGAAACUCCAAAAUAUGUGACACCAGAAACUAAUCAUUACAAAGCCCCACAAUCUGCCCAUCAUCCACUGACAGCUUAUUCGGCAUAUGAAACUCCAGAAAACACUCAUAACAGAACGGUCGGAAAUGUCCAGACCUCUGUAAAAGCCAACGAAGGCGAUCAAGUAUCACAAGACAGACAGCAACUGAAAACUUCACAAGAAUAUGAAACACCAAGAUACGACACUCCGGAAACUAAUCAUUACAAAGCCCCAGAUUCUUCCCAGAACCCUGAAAAUGUUAAGGUCGACGAGGAUACUCCGUCACCAAGUAGACAGCCACUGACAACUAAUUCGGCCUAUGAACCUUCGGAAUCUAAUCAUUAUAGAACACCUGAAAAUGCUCUGAACUCAGGAAAUUUGAAUGACCAAAAACCAGGAAAUAGACUACCUCAGAGACUUUAUUUGGUUUAUGAAACUCCAAGAACGAACCAAUACGGAACGCCUCAAUGUAUCCACAAUCAUGAUUCCCCUGCACCACAAAGUAGACAGCAACUAAAAGCUUAUCCGGCAUAUGAAACUCCAAGAUAUGACACUCCCGAAAAUAAUCGUUACAAAGCGCCUGAAAAUGUUCAAAACCCUGUAUAUGAGGAGGAGAAUGAUACCACACAACUAUGGCCACAAAUACGACAAGUCCUAACAACUUUGGGUUUCAUAAAACCGGGCGGACAAACGGAACCUAAACUACAGUCAACUACUACCGAAUAUACAGUUUCACAGUCGUUUGGAGAAACAUCACUACCGUGGCAUGAAGAAAUUGCCAAGCCCUAUAAAUGGAAUUCUCAUUACCAUACCCAUGAUCCAAGAGGCUACGGGUCUGUACUGACGUCUGCGAAUUAUUACCCUCAAAAUGGAAAUUCUCCUCAACUUCAGCCUAACAAAAAUAACGCUCACGAUAAUUCCUACACAAUUUCAUAUUAUGAUCCCAAUACUGUAUCCUAUCCGGAUUAUGUUAAACCACUGGAAGCCGCAUUACAUUCGGAACUAAUGGAUUUCUUGGAGAACUUUUAG